UGCUAAUGCAAUUGUGCACCACUACAGUAAAGGUGUGGAAAUCCAAAAAUUUACAAAAAGAUUGAAAAAACAAAAAUAUACAUAUUUAGUGUAAAAUUUAAGGCAAUUAACUUUCACAAAUUGUAAUACGAUAAUAGAAGUGUAUGUUACCGCGAAGGCUUAAACCAAUAUUGCUGUGCAGUGAGUGAAAAGUGUGCGUGACGUGAGUCAAUGAAAAGGCGUUAGCCAGGCUAAAGCUGCUUAGUUGUAGGACUUUUAACAAUCUUGCUGAUAAACAUGCCGUUGCCCAAGCGAUCCAUAGAGCCCGUGCAUGUUGCGCGAUCCGUUUAUCAACAGGAUGAACUGCAGUCUGUGGAAUUGGAGACGGUCACUAAUACCACGUUGACCAACAUAAUACGUCAAUUGUCGUCGCUAUCGAAACAUGCGGAGGACGUAUUUGGCGAGCUAGCGCGAGAUGUGGGCAAUAUUGGAGAUCGAGCUAAUUCACUGCAGGCGCGAAUUGAUCGGUUGGCUAUAAAGGUUACUCAGUUGGAUAGCACUGUGGAGGAAGUUCCUCUCACCGAUAUAACGCGCAAGAAAGCGUUUAAAUCAGCGAAGAUAUUUGAUCAGCAGAUCUUUUCACGUUCCACAAUGCCCGCCCUCAUGCUGGAGACGUAUGCACAGUGCGAUAAGCCACCGCCACUAGACAAGCUCAAUGUCUACCGUGACGAUGGCAAAGAUGGACUCAAAUUCUACACGGAUCCCGAUUACUUCUUUGAGCUGUGGCGACAAGAGAUGCUCAAGGAUACAGAGCGCGUGAUGCAUGACAAGGGCAAAAAGACGCAUCGACCACGACAAGAGGGCGCUGGCGGUGGUCAAAACAAUCGACACAACAAACGUGUUCGAACACCGCACAAUACACGCGAAAAGCAGCGACAAAUCGCAUUAGGCCAUGGCGAAACACUGAUGCCCAACAAUGUUAUCUAUCGCACUCCCAACGCUAUGCCAAAUGAAGAGGCCGGAUAUGGCAAUUCUGUUAAGCCCUAUAAUAUGCUCUCACAUUUGGAGAAUAACAGUAAUCUAGCAAAACAAACGGCUAUCGCUAUAACAGACAUGGGUAUCUACGACACACGCCCUUUGCGGCCCAAUUCAAUUGAGCUGCGGCGCAGUUACCAGUCAGAGCAAAUCGAUGGCAGUGGUUACGAACCACUCACACCACAAGCAGCGGCAAAUCAAUAUGCAGCUGCAUAUGGCACCAAUGGCAUCUCGGCUGCGUCGCAUAUGCAUAUGCAGCAGCAGCAGCAACAGAUGUACGAUAGUUCACUGUACCAUCAGUCGCAUGGGAUCUAUGGCCAGAGCGGACAGGGCGCAAUGUCGCCGGAACAGAUUUAUGGACCGGGCACACCAUCGCGCACUAAGCCGCGACCAUCGCAGCCGCCACCAGCGCCACCGUCGAACGGCAGUGGCGGUGGUACACCAACAGCAUCGAAUGCCAAUACGCCCACACGUGGACGAAGCAUGUCGACGAGUCGGGAUGCGCUGCCACCGCCGCCACCAGUGCCGGAUGUGGUGUCGCCGAUGUCGGGAAUGAACGGCAUGGCCGGUGGUCAUAUGGCAGCUAAACUACUGGGUCGCACAAACAGCACAUCGCGAGCUGGCUCUCCGCAGAUGGCGCCCAGCAACAGUGCACAGAAUGCAAAUGAUAUGGUUAUGGCGCAACUAAACAACACUUUCAACAGCAUGGGCAUCACAAACAACAAUCAGAUGAACUCGCUCAGCGAUUUGCCCCCACCGCCGCCAGUGCCCGAUCAGCACUCACCAAAAAUGUCGCCACCCAAUGUAGCACCACCGCCACCACCACCACCACCGCCGGUGGACGAGAGUGGCCUUGGUGCAGUACAAUUGCAGCCGCAUCCGCACCAAAUUCUGCCAAAGGUAUUGGCCAAUGGUGAACUGCAGCUUUGCCAGCCAAAUGGUGGCUCACACAUUGUGAGUGCUAAAAAGAUACAGGCGCCAUUCCAUGAUCCACGCAACGAUUUGAUGAAAGCUAUUCGAGACGGCAUUAUAUUACGAAAGGUGGAAAAGUCGGAGCUAAAGGAAAUUGAACGCAAUACUGCAAUGUUGGAUGUGGCAUCGAUUUUGGCCAGGCGAGUGGCCAUUGAGCUAUCGGAGUCGGAGGAUUCGGACAGUGAGGAUGAUAGCGAGGGUUGGAUGGAAACCAAUGAAACCUCUGCUUGAUCCCUGAUGGCUUCGGUUAAGCCGGAAAAAAUUGCAAAAAUCAAGAAAAAAAAGUAAUUCCAAAGAAAACUGAUACAGGAUGUGUUAUGAUUGGACACUCAGUUGGAUUACUACGAAGCGCCAAAGCUUUUUUUACCAUACUUUAUAAGAGUAUCCCAAUAUGCGUACAUACCUAUAUACUAUAUACUAAACCUUAAAUCAAAAUUUAAAUCGAAUUGUACAUAUUUACACGCAUAUA